GUGAAAAAUGUUUGGAAAACACCAAAAACAGCCCGAUAGUUUGCCACUUGAUCUGUUGGAUUAGCUGAAGCAGUGUUAUUUAAAUGCAAUUUCAUAAGAACCAGAUUGAAAAGAAAACACAAUUUGAACAUCAACAGCAACACCUUAAUGACUCGGCAUCAAAUCGGGGAUUAGAUCGCGCGAACGUAAUCAAACUUGAUUAGGUAUUCUCGACUAAUUAUAAUCCAUUUUUUAAUUAUCUCGCAAUGGAAUCUGGGCUAUUGGGCGGUGCCAUUUUGGGGCUCGAAUUAGAAACCUCUUGAGGCGAGGAACCACGAAACAGGCAAAGUACCGGAAGAUUAUUGACGGAACAAUUCGCUUAAUAUUCAUCUAAUAUUCAUCUGGGCUGUUGGAAGAAUCGAGCCGAGUCACGAAAAUAUUCCAACGACAUGUGCAAUGCGUACUUGUAGAAAGUAACAACAUCUAACAGUAUAUGCAUGCACAGCUCGAACGGAUCUGAAACUACAUGCUGGCAUGUCGGUUGAAACAUUUGCUCCUUUUGCCCAUUUGGCCGAUAAUGGGAAAGUAAGUAAGGCUCUUUGUCAAUCACUAUUCCAAUAGUGAUCCAUAUCAUAUCGUGGGACCAAAAAGUUACAGGAAAAAAGCGCGUGUUUCCUUUGUAUCCCUGCCGCAAAGCGGCCAACUUCCUUGUUAAUUGGCGCACUUUUGUGAAAGUAUCCCGCUCAGUUUUUCCUUUCAUAAAUUGCAGAAAAAAACGCGCAGAAUUCGUUGUUACCCGCAUAAAUCGCCGACGAAUCCUUAUCGUGUUGCGAUAGAACCGUAAUAUCGACUCAUUAGUUCUAAUCAUUUUAAUGAACGCAUUUACUCGCUUGCUUUCUAUUUAGAUCGAUGCACUUAUGCAAUUUCCUUAUAUUGCACCACUUUUUUUUGCGCUGAUGACAGCCAAUGAUUUAGACGUGUGUUGGGCUCGACCAGUAUAUUAUUAUCUCAAAGUCAGAACAUCGAUGGUAGUCAAAGGCUGUUGCACCCGAUAUGCGAUGCCCAUCGACGUUCUGAUUUAUAGAAAAGGUUUUUUCACAAGGCGACAAUGAGACACAAUAACAAAAAAUUGCAAGCGAUUGGUGAUUGUUUUCAAAUAAUAGUUGAUUAGGAUUGUAGGAAUGCGAAAGUGGCCUCAUAUACAGGGUGAUUCAAAACAGCAAACUACAACACACUCGGCACAACAAUGACAUUAUAGUCUACUGGAUGCCUUAAUUCUAAUAUUUUUCUUUUACCGCCUGCGGGCACAAUAAAACAGGCAAAGUCAGAAGGUCCAGUGUCAUUUUAAACACCCACUAAGGGUGUUUUUCCUUAAAAUGUCAAUAAAUUUGUGUUUUUUAGAGCUAAUUUACUGAUCUUAAACUGAGCCCCAAAAUCAGCUGCUAGAGUUUGUUGGAGCCCCUUUGAAUCGCCUUCUGUACACGCCCAUAGGUAUUGGUUCCCAGGCAUCAAAAAUGUUAAUAGAUUUUUCAAAGUUCCAUACAGGCAGGCAAAUUGCUUCCGAAGAAAGUCCGCACCAUUGAGGCGUAAUUGGUAGUGGGUUUUCGCACACGUACAGAACGAAAAAAACGCAUCGAUAAUUAAACGUUUUAAUCGGCGCGGCUGCGGGGCGCACGUUGUUUUUUCCGUUUUUUCGUUCCCCAAACGAUCCAUCUUCCUUCCACCUGUGCCGACGUCACCGUGUGUCUUGCGGCGAGGAAAACUAGAGCGUCGUUUCUUCAGUUUGAAAGACACGGCGAACGCGCGAAGAACGGGAGUUUUACAAGUAGCGUUAGAUCGAUCGUGCCUAAGUGGAACGGCUUCAGUGUUUUCCGAUGUGGUGGUACCGAGGUGGCACCUCGCUUUGGGGUGUUUGUGGAACCUUUAUUGGAUUACUAGUCCUGGCCAGAUGCGCCAAUCCAGAAGUGGCGGGCGGUUGCAAGUUUCCAGGCUCGCCCGCCCACUCGUCCGUGGAGUUUUCCGACGAAACUCUCGGCCCCGCCACCAUUGCUACCUACUCGUGCGAGCGCGGCUUUGAGCUGCUGGGGCCCAGCAGGAGAGUGUGCGAGAACGGCGCCUGGUUACCCGAAGGGAUCCCGUUUUGCGUAUUGAAUGUGGCGGCCGGCAAGGCUCCGAUGCAAGUAUCCACUGAAGCGGGUGGAAUACCGCAAAAGGCCAUCGACGGCAGCACCAGUGCCUUCUUCAGUGCGGAAACCUGCACACUGACCAAGGCGGAAAAAAUGCCCUGGUGGUACGUGAACCUGCUGGAACCCUACAUGGUCCAGUUGGUGCGGCUCGACUUCGGUAAACCCUGCUGCGGGGCCAAUCAACCGGCUACCAUAGUGGUGCGGGUGGGCAACAAUCGCCCCGAUCUGGGCACGAACCCGAUCUGCAACCGAUUCACCGGGUUCCUGGAGGAGGGACAGCCGCUGUUCCUGCCCUGCAACCCGCCCAUGCCCGGCGCCUUUGUCAGCGUCCACCUGGAAGUGCCGGAAGCCAAUCAGUUGUCCAUUUGCGAGGCCUUCGUCUACACUGACCAGGCGCUGCCCAUUGAAAGGUGCCCACAGUUUAGAGACCAGCCGCCCGGCAGCACCGCCACGUACAACGGCAAGUGUUACGUGUUUUACAACCGGAACCCGCUGGUGUUUAGGGAGGCGCUGCAGUUUUGCCGCAGCCGAGGCGGAACCCUGGUGGACGAAAGCAAUCCGGCCCUGCAAGGAUUUAUCAGCUGGGAGCUGUGGAGGCGGCACCGCAGCGACUCCCAGGGCCAGUACUGGAUGGGGGCCGUCAGGGACCCGAAAAUUGGUGGUUGGCAGUGGUUGACGGGAGACGACGUGACGGUGUCCUUCUGGAAUUUGCCCGUUGGAACUGGAAAUUGCGCCCGCUAUGACGGCACCAAAGGGUGGCUCUGGUCGGACACUGAUUGCACGAUGCGCCUCAAUUACAUCUGCCAGCAUCAGCCAAAGGCCUGCGGCCGCCCAGAGCAGCCGCCCAACUCCACCAUGUUGGCGCCCAACUUCAACGUGGGUUCUCUGGUGGAGUACACGUGCGAUGAGGGCCACCUGCUGGUGGGCCCCACCAUGAGAACCUGCCUGGAGACCGGAUUUUACAACGAGUUUCCUCCGGUGUGCAAAC